AUGGCUCCUUCCGGCCAGGCAAGCAGCGUCAAGCGCAAACGCAGCGCUCCCGCUGAAAAGGUUAGCAAGCGUCAGCGCGCCGCCUCCAGCGAAGAUGAGGAGGACCCGAAUGCCGAAAUCCUCCUCAUGGAGCAGGGAAUUCUUGAGUCAAAGAAGAAUUACAACAACAUUGCUGUUCUUCUGCGAAAGGCCGCAGACUUUGAGUCUGGCAACCCAGAGGCCAUGUUCUCCACCAUCGCCCUCUGUCGCAUCUUUAUGAGACUCAUGGCUCAGGGAUCCCUUGUGUCUAAGAAAUCUCAAUCGGAAAAGGACCAGGUUGUCGUUGGGUGGCUGCGGGACCAGUAUGGCCAGUUCAAGGACGUCCUGCUGGAUCUGCUCAGUGAAGACGAUGUUGCCGCUACUGCUCUCACGCUUUGCAUGCGAACGCUCAAAGCGGAAGGUGAAUGCCUCAAAGACAAGUCAGACUAUGCUUUCCCUCGCGACUUUCUGGGAAAGAUUGUCAAGAACAUUAUUGCAAGCGAGAACGACGACAUUCGCAAGAUCUACAUCGAAGAAUUUGCCGAACAGUAUGACGACAUCCGCUACUAUACAUUUGCCUCUGUUGCUUCUGCGAUCAAGGAUCUUUCAGAGGACGAGGGUGACCUGAAGUCAAGACUCUUUGAAAGCGCCUUUGCUCUCAUCUCUGUACUGGAUGGUGUGCCGGAAUCAGCAGACGAGCUGGAGGACUUUUAUAUCCACAAGCCCGAGAAGAAGUCGCAUUACUUGCGACAGCCCAACCAACACAAGAAGCAAGGCCAAGACGCUUGGCUUGCCCUGAUGAAUACUGUUCAAACCAACGACCAACGCAAACGCCUGUUGGCACUGAUUUCAGAUGUCAUCGCACCAUGGUUUGCGAAGCCCGAAAUGCUCUCAGACUUCCUGACAAGCUCAUACGACGCAAGUGGAUCCAUCGCACUGCUCGCCCUUUCUGGUGUCUUUUAUCUCAUCCGAGAGCGCAAUCUUGACUACCCUUCUUUCUACCCCAAGCUGUACUCUCUCCUCAACAGCCAGAUUCUGCACUCAAAAUACCGCGCGCGCUUCUUCCGACUUUUGGACACAUUCCUUGGCUCGACGCAUUUGCCUGUAGCUCUCGUUGCCAGUUUCUUGAAACGACUCGCCCGCCUGUCACUGAACGCGCCUCCAAGUGCCGUGGCCUUUGUCAUUCCAUGGAUAUACAAUACGCUCAAGAAGCACCCCCAGUGCACAUUCAUGUUGCACAGAGAAACGACAGAUGAUGCAGUGAAGAAAGAGCUCCGGGAGCAUGGCAUGGAGGACCCUUUUCUGGCCGACGAAAGCGACCCGAUGAAGACGAACGCCAUCGAAAGCAGUUUCUGGGAGCUUGUCCAAAUGCAGUCACAUUACCACCCCAACGUCGCCACGAUUGCAAAGAUUGUAUCGGAACAGUUCACCAAGCACUCGUACAACAUGGAGGAUUUCUUGGACCACUCCUAUGCCAGUUUGUUGGAGGCUGAAAUGGGCAAAGAAGUAAGGAAGGCGCCCGUUGUCGAGUUUCACAUCCCGAAGAAGGUGUUUUUGCCACAGGAAGAAGACUCCGGAGUCCCUGAUAACCUGCUGGUGAAGCUCUGGGAUUUCGAAACUGUCGAGGCUUAG